AUGACAACCAGAAAGAUGAUAAAGAGAUCUAUACCUUCAAAUGAUCAGCCAGAUAGGACUCUUCAAAACAUAAAGAAGCAGAGGGUCAAUGUCUCACCCAAGAAGAGUAGCAGCAGCAGCAGUGACGAGGAGAUACCCACACGAUCACUCGACGUAAAUAUCUUCUCAGACGACGACGCCGACGACAAUGACGAGUACGAGGAAAAGGAAGACGACGACAAUGACGAGGAUGAAGACAACGACGAGGACGAGGAAGACGGCGAAGACGAAGACAACGAAGAGGAGGACGAGGAGGAGGAGGACGACGUCGUCGACGUAACCCUCCUGGGGGAAGUGAGAGACACGUCCUCUUGGGAAAAAACAGAGCUCAUUGGAAGAGGCUCAUACGGUUCGGUUUUCCGCGCCACAAGUAAAAACGAGGACGAGGACACACAGAUCGUGGCGAUCAAAGCGGCGGAGCUUUCACGAGCUUCAAGUCUCAUCCACGAGAGAAAACUCUUAACCCGUAUCUCAUCUCCUUGGGUCGUCCGUUGCUACGGCCACGAAAUCGCUCGCGAGAAGAAUAAGCUUGGCGGGGAGAUAACGAGUUACAAUCUGAUCCUGGAGUACUGCUCCGGUGGGAGCCUCCGGGACUUUAUGGAGAGAAACAACGGAGGAGGAGGAUUAUCUGAGAUUCAUGUGCGACGUUUCGCUAUAGAUAUCCUCUUAGGUCUCUUCAACGUCCAUAAGAAAAACAUUGUUCACUGCGACCUUAAACCGGACAAUAUUUUCCUGGCUCACGAUAGCAAGCGCUUAAUGCCUAGCAGUUAUGUGGCCAAGAUUGGAGAUUUCGGUUUAGCGAUGGAGAAAGAUUCGGUCAAGUACGGUGAUGGAUCCGGUCAUCAGAGAGGCACGACCCAGUACAUGGCUCCGGAGCUUAUGAGGGAAGGGAUUGUGGACUUUGGUGCUGACAUUUGGGCUUUUGGGUGUAUGGUUUUGGAGAUGUUAACCGGACAGAGAGCUUGGAGAGCACAUGGUGAUAAUCUUGGUUCGGGAGAUUUGGAAAGUCUCAUUGGUGAAAGCGGUUUGAUUCCAAAGAUACCGACUUGGUUAUCUGUAGAGGCACAAGAUUUUUUGUUAAGGUGUUUGGAUAAGACGUCUGGUUUAGGGUGGAGGAUUGUAUCCCUCUUGAACCAUCCUUUUCUCAGUCCUCCUCAAAAGCCUGAUCCCCAGUCUCUUUCUUAA